GAUAGAAUCUAACUAAACGGAAUGUCAGCUAGCUCAUCGUUAUUAGCAAUCUGGUGCUAUAACCUAUAACGUUAGUCCUAUGGCUAGCUGGGCAGAUUUGCAUACAAGGAAACAGUUAUACUUUCGUGAGGGAGCUAUGGUUCCCCUAUGAUUCACCCGCUAUUGUUCUGUCGAGGCGUCCAUGCGUGAGUCCUUCUGAGAGAGAGAGACCCAUGGCAAAGUGGCUGAGGGACUACCUGAAUUUUGGCAGUCGGCGCGGACCCCCCCAGCCCCCAACGCCAGACUACACAGAGAGUGAGAUCCUGCGGGCGUACCGCGCGCAGAAAGCGCUGGACUUUGAGGACCCGUACGAGUGCACUGAGCGGCAGCGGGACUCCCCCGGCAGCGGUAGUGACGACAGCGAAGGCUUCGAGGCGUUCGGCGCGGUGCUGCCCAACGGGCUUCAGGUGAAGGUGGUGUCGCCCAAACACCGCCUCAUCAAGGUGGACUCGCAGGAGUUUGGACGCUGCGCCCCUAUCCUCACAUCCAACUUCAGCAGCACACUUGCCUUUCAGGAACCCCCAUCUCCUCCGGUGGUCCCAUCAGCUCCUGCGGUGGGGGACACAGAUUACUCAGACCCGUUUGACGCCAGACCAGACCCCCGGGCCCGACCUGUCCAGGAGGUUCCGCCAGUUGAGUGUGGCAGCUACAUGGAACCCUUCGAGGCCCAGAGGGUUAUCACAGAGCUGCAGCAGGGUCAGCUGCUCUAUGACAGCCCGUAUGAAGAGCGAAGUGGCCGUCGGCUUGGGGCGGAGUCUGAAGAGGAGGAGCGUGAGAGCCGCCUCCCACAGGAUGACGAGCGGCCCGCGGACGAGUACGACCAGCCCUGGGAGUGGAAGAAGGACAACAUCUCAAAAGCUCUGGCAGCGGUGCAGUUUGAGGGCAGUGAGUGGGAGGACCAGGGACGUGCCCAACGCUGCAGCCCCACCACCAGUGGCAGUGCCAGCCUGCGCCACCCGUCCGACCCGCUCAACAUGCUGGGGGAGAGGGUCGACCCUCAUCUGUCUCUGGAGAAGCAAGUCUGGUACCAUGGAGCUUUGACUCGCUCCGAGGCAGAGUCCCUGCUGACACUGUGUAAGGAGUGCAGUUACCUGGUGAGGAACAGCCAGACCAGUCGGACAGAUUACUCACUCUCCAUCAGGAGCUGCCAUGGCUUCAUGCAUAUGAAGUUCUCUCUGUCCAGGGAAGGCAAGUACGUCCUGGGGGAGAACAGCCCCCCGUUUGACACCAUCCCCGAGGUCAUCUACUUCUACACCACCCACAAGCUGCCCAUCCGUGGGGCUGAACACCUCUCCCUGCUCUUCCCCGUGGUGGUGCAGACACUGUGAGGAGGCCCACCGCUACAGACACACACACACACACACACACACACCCUGCUGGAGUCUUGCCAUGGCAACCACACAACACAGAGGUAUCUCCAUGUCGACGACCUCACAUGGCAACAGCUUCACUCGCCCCCAGAGAAGUGCCUCCACAGCGAUGACUCCACACACCCCAGAGUGUGUCAGUCACCAAGAGUAUGUCAGUCACCAAGCAAGCAUCACAGUCUCUGUCACAGACUCCAUGUAUGAAUACCUGGACCCCCUGCACUCUCAGUGUUGGGGAGGGUGUAGUAACUCUUAGACUGUGCCCACACAAGCUCUGCUCUCCCAGCAUACGGGAUAGCUUAAAGUUUAAUUCAAUUACGUCAGGAUCCCUCAACAGUUUACAUAAUUGUGUGGGUUUUCUUGGGAUCUUCACUAGACUUUUUUGGAACAUCUUUGAUGAUCACUACGACAUCUGAAGACUUCUCUUCCUGCGCUCCUCAGUCACACUGCUCCCUCAGACACUGGAAGCUCUUGGUCAGCCCAUAGUGCUGAUGGGAAAUCAGACAUGCUUGGAGGGUCAAGCAAACCCAAAUAGACUCCCUAAGAUGGCUACCGCCAGGUGGCCUGCUACUAAAUCUAGUAUACCAUCUUAAUGAGGUAAUGUAUGGGGACUAACUCAGUGUUGUAAUGGUCCCAUCUUAAUGAGGUAUUGUAUCGGGACUAACUCGGUGUUAAUGUUAAGACUGGGGUAUCACACGAGACCUUUGAUCUCAUUUUCAACUUUAAAAAAAACAACAUUUUUUUAAGGGGAAACCUUUAAGGACUUUCACUUUCACGCUGAAGGGAUGCUAUGUGUUCUAUUUUCUUUGUGACUGUUAUGAGAAGUUACUCGUUACUGCAAACAUGUCAGCAUUCGUUCACAGGACCCCGUCUCUACCGAGACGAUUUGCUAGACGCAUCAGCGUUCGUUCACAGGACCCCGUCUCUACCGAGCGUUUGUUUGUUCGUUCGUUCACGAGAGAUGCCCUGCCCUGUUCUGGCACUGCACUGGCCUGCCGCUGGCACUGGGGUCUAAUGCCUACUAGAGCAGGCACUGAUGAUGCCCCCUCAGAUCCAGAGCGGGUACUGAUGAUGCCCACUACAGCGGGUGUUGAUGCCCUCACAGCCACAGGAAGGGUACACUGGUACCCACUUAGACAGAGCGGACAGCCUGAAGAUGGAGGGAGCCCUUUGCCCUGUCUGUCUGUCCGUCCGUCCACCGGCUCCUCUGCCGCCACAGUCAUACACUGGUUUCUUUUUUAAGCAAUACUGCACUCUUGCUGCCCUGCACCCGGCCCAUAAACACACACACACACACACCCUCAUCCUUACAUGACUAGUUUCAAUCAAUGCUUCUCUCAUCGGCAACAUUAACCUGUAUGUUUAACAAAAGUGUUAUUGGGGUGGUAGUAAAUCCUUUAUUAGAAACAGAGUAUUUCGGAAACAUAUUCCAGCAGCUAGCUCCUAGAACACCCUCAGUGCACUUAGUAUCCUAGCCUCCAACACACACACCUAGCGUUCAUGGGCUUCGGAAAACCCUUUUUCCCAGUGAAAACAUCAUCAUUCCGCUUCAGUCACAUCACGUAAUGUGUAAGUCAGAGGUCAGAAACUGGGGCUAGAUUUUGCUAACAGAGUUGCCCAGUUAGGGGCUCGUCGUCACUUUUGUCGUCAUGUUGUAGUUUGUUUGUAGUUCAUGUGGCCUUUCAUGUCCAACA